CGUUCACGAGGCUGAUCUCCGUUGGGAUAGGAACGAAGAAGAACUAUCGAUGGCAAGAUCUUUGUGUUUGAUGUCAUGUUGAUGAUAAAUAUCCUGGCGACAUGCUGGAAGACCACAGUGAACUGAACUUUCCCCUCCUUUAACAGCACAACACUUUCUAUGGAUUCCUCUAGCCCUUUUAAUUUUCUUCAGCCCGAUGAUCUGCUAGACAAUGGUGAUUUGACUGGACUGCAUGCGCCGCAGCCAAGACAUCCUCUCAUCUACCACUGGUCUGAUUUUAUGUCCACGGGCUCUUAUUCGCCAAUGAACACCCAAACAACGGAACUGAGCAUCUCUCGACCCCAUGUCCCCUCCCCCAUUCUCACGAUGCAGGACAACUUGCUGAGCGAUUUCCACGACAUCAUUGAUAGUUCCUGGCUAUCACCUCACCUUCCUGUGUGUAAUUGCAACACUAAUCGCUCCAAGCCAUACUAUAUUAAGCACCCCCACAAGCACCACAGUACCUAUCUUUGUUGCUGGGACAUCGGAGGAACGCUUUGUGGUCACGAAAUUCAGGUUACAUUCAAAGAAAUCUUCGCCCACCUGCGCCAACAUCAUCGCAUUGGAGUCGAUAACAAGGGAACCUACCGCUGUUCCUGGAGCACACCUCACCAUGAUGGUGGUUGUUGUGGGAAGGAGCUGAAGACGGAAAGUUUUGGGCGCCAUAUCAUCACCCACAUCGGUAUCAGAAUCAAGUGCUCCGUCUGCAGUACGACGAUGGCAGCUCGGAAUGAUCUCGCUGCCAGACAUCGCCGGGAGUGCCCCAACUGUUCUCAGGCAGAUUUCAUGAUUAUCCCAGGUCGUAAUCCUCAGGCGUCUCUCUGACAGUGACCACCCUCCUUUGCGAUUCACUUGCGAUUGGGGGGUAGUCAGCUCCACCAUCCCAAACCCAGAUACUCUUCCGGUUUUUG